AUGGAGCCCACGCCGAGUGAGCAGCGGGAGGAGGAGGUUGAGGAGGAGGUGGAGAAGGAAUCUGAGGAAGUCUCCGAUGGCUGUGACGAGAGCGACCAGGAGUCCCUCGGCGACGACGACCGCGACUUCGAUUUUGGAGGUCAUACGGCUCAAAAAGACUUGCAAGGCCUCAUGCUCACGGAGGGAACGUACGUGCGGUGCAAUUGGAUUGACCCGGAAGAGGAGGAGAAGCGGGUGAACACCUGGCAGAAAGACAAGAAAGCCAAAGUCGAUCCAGAGAGUGAGGAGACUGCCCUCACGGGGCUCCAAGCUGCUGCAAGCACUUGCACACAUUUUCAGCUCAGAGGGCCACGUUACCCGGAGAGGUGGCAGGAAACGAAGGAACAGGAAGCUUCGCAGAAGGCAUUCCGCAUCAUGCGUGCAAUCUCAGAUUCCCUGAUUAACCGGCUUAUGGUGCUGCGUAUCGACAACUUUCCCGGCUCUGGUGACCCCGUUUUCGGCACGAAGCACGAGCUUCGCAGGAGCUUGCGGGCCCCCGACCUCUUCGGAAAGCUCACCACCGCCUUCCAGGCUGGCACCCGCUGCUGUCUAAAGAGAGUAACUUUGCAGGGCGGCUUCCACUCAGCCGCGUCUGUGGCCAACUUCCUGCGUGUGGCCAAGCCACCGCUCGAGUCCUUCCGCUGCCGGGGAUGCCUCUUUCACGGGCGCAACUUCGAGAUGCUGGUGAAGGCCUUGAGCGGGGCAUGCGCAGGAACCCUCCUGGAGUUUGAGACCGAUGCAGCCAUCGGGGGCCGGGAUCCCUUUGGCUUCCUCGCUGACUCCUUCCCGCAACUGAGGAUGCUUCGGGCCAAGUGUGUGUUUGGGAAAACGGAGAACCUCGAAGCCCUGAAGCGGCUGAACCUCAAGAAGAAGCUGUGUAAGCUGCCAAAGGAGGACCACAGGCUGCGAGGCCGACCGGCCGUGAAUACCAAACGAGGCGUCGUCUACUGGUUUAUCUCAUCGGACCAUCACGAUGACGGCUAUAGGGGACAAGGCUUGUGGUGGGACGAGCUAGACAACACGUGUGAGUGCAUGGAGGAGUGGCGUGUUGGCAAGGGUGUGACCCAGAAGAAGUGUCUAACGUUCAUGGAAGAGUGCGGCAUUGAUCUCGACCCACAGCUGAGCGACGAAGACUGCGGAAUGGAUUCGGACACUGGGAGUGCAGACUCGGUCCCAGACGGUGAGCAGGACACAGUCGUGGUACAGCUAGAAGUGGAUGACUCCACAAGCUCCACUGUGGCUAUCAGGGCACGCACAAUGGAUGGUCGGCAGUUUGCACAGGUAACGGUGGACACAGGCACUACACUGAUGCGGACGCUUCUGGAAGAACUGGCCUCGAAGUAUCCCUGCUCGCCCCUUUCAAUGCGCCUGGUACUUCCGAAUGGUUCCUGCACUGAUGCGCUCGCGAGCAGCACCCAACCCUUGGGUGCAAUACUGAAAGGCGCUUGA